CUCGUAGACGGACUGUUGGCCCAUCACACACUUCUCGGUCGCACCGACAAAACCCGGCAGGCAACGCCGUGCGCAUCGCCCGCUUCGAUACCCCCCCUAGACCACGCCACGUUACUGGAAACCGAGCUCGUGGCAACGCUCCACGCGCUCACUAGACGACCACGGCACACCGCCUAUUCGCGGCCUCGGAGCCCUUCCCCUCCCGCCCCGCCGCAAUGUUGCCCGCGACCUCGGCCCGUCCUUGGGCGAGUCGGUCGCCCGUCCAGGCCCUUGUCGACCAGGCCUGCGACCCAACGCUCCUCGCGCCCAACGACAUGGUGAACAUUGAGCUUGCCGAGUACAUUAACAGGAAGAAGGCAAAUACGCCACGAGAAGCCACACACGCUCUUGUCCAGUACAUCAACUCGCGCAACCCCAACCAGGCGCUGCUCGCGCUCAAUGUCCUCGACCACCUUGUCAAGAACUGUGGAUACCCGAUUCACCUGCAGAUCAGUACCAAGGACUUCCUGAAUGAGCUGGUUCGCCGAUUCCCAGAACGUCCCCCGAUGGUCACGGGCCGUGUCAUGGGCCGCAUCCUCGAGCUCAUUCACGAGUGGAAGAACACUCUCUGUGUGACGUCCAAGUACAAGGACGAUCUGGUGCACAUUCGCGACAUGCACCGCCUGCUGAGCUACAAGGGCUACCGAUUCAAGGCGUUUGACGCGGCUACCGCCAUGGCCACAAGCAACCCAAACGCCGACCUCAAGUCGCCUGAGGAGCUGGAGCAGGAGGACCGGGCCGCGAAGAGUGCUAAACUCCAAGAGCUUAUCCGCCGAGGAACGCCCCGCGAUCUCGCGGCCGCUCAGGAGCUCAUGAAGCAGCUCGCGGGUGCCGAGCCCGAGGCUGCCGUCGACUACGAGAAGCAGACGCUCAACGAGUUGGAUAAGGUGCAGAGCAAGGCGAUCCUCCUCAACGAUAUGCUCAACAACGCAAAAGAGGGCGAGCGCAUCGGCCUGGAGGGCGAUGUUUACGACCAGGUCGCCCAGGCGUGCCGCGGCGCUCGUCCCAAGAUCCAGAAAUGGGUAGAGGAGGACACGGGAGAGCACGAGGGCCUGAUGGACCGGCUGCUGCUGUGCAACGACCUGAUCAACAAUGCGUUGAACCGGUUCGAGGCGGCGAAGAAGGGUGACUGGGCUGCGGCCAACACUAUUGCCCAGCAGGCCGAAGCAGGGCCAAAACAGAACGACCUCAUCUCGUUCGACGCCUUUGCCGACGAUGACGAGGCGCCAGCAAGCGGUGGUGGCCUCGCUCUGCCCUCGGGCCCCGGCGCCGCGCCCUCGGCGUCCAACCCGGGCUUCACGGCCGGUGGACUGCCUCUGGACCUGUUUGCGCCUUCCCCCUCGUCAUCGCCCGCGCCUGGCCCUUCGCAGCAGUCGCAGAGACCACAGCAGAACCCCAUGGACUUCUUCAACACGACGUCUCAGCCGCCUGCGUACGGCGGCGGCUUCCAGCAGCAGCAGCAGUUCCAGCCUCAGCAGCAGUUUGGCCAGCCUCAGUACCAGCAGCAGCAGCAGUACCCUGCCCAGCCCCAGUACCCUGCCCACGGCCAGUUCCAGGCGCAGCAGCAGCCCAAGCCUGCGACGCCUCAGCAGACGCAGUUUGGCCUUGGCGGCAGCCUCACGCCAACGGCAACAGGAUAUGCCGUGCCGGCUGGCAAUGGCCACUCGGCGACAUCGUCGCCUGCGCCGGCGCAGCCCCAGCAGCAGCAGCAGCAGCAGAAGAAGCCGGACGCGUUUGCCGAUCUCGUCGACCUAAUGGGUUAGUGCGUUGUAGAGUUAUGGAUCCUUGCAUGUUG